CCCCCCCCCCCCCCCCCCCCCCCCUCUCCGGUGCUCUCCAUUUCCAUCUCCCUCUCGAUCUCUGAGCUCUCCGAGCUCCUUCAAUGGCGGUCGAGAGCCCUCCCUCGUAGCUCCGAGAGGAGAAGGAGCUCUCUUGUUUCCUCUCAAAGUGGGAUCUUUGGCGCUCUAGAUCCAAGAAACGAGCAAAGACUGGGGCUUUAUGAUGCUCUGAGCUGGGAACCGAGCGAGUUCCUGGGAUUCGUUGUGGUUGAUGCUUUUGUUUCCAAGAGAAUGCCGAUUUCUCAUGGUGGUUCAGAGAUUUAGCUGCUGCGAUGAAGCGAUCGCUCCGCUUGCCCAUUAGCCUCCUUCUGGUGGUCGCCGUCUUCACCGCCCUCAGCUUCGGGGCGGCGCUCCGCCGCGGCAUCGGCGAUGGAUACUUGCCGGUAGUCGCCGCCGUGACGGCGCCGCCGCCACUCAACGCGACGCUCCUGAGGCUGGCGGCGGUGUACGCCGGGGAGGAGGACCUGCGGAAGGACGUGGAAGACCUCCUCGACGGGACCUUCCCCGCCGGCAUCUCCGGCCGCCGUGGGGGCAGACUCCGCGCGUUCUCCGCCUGGCGGCGGGAGAACCACCUGGAAGCGCGGACGCGAUCCGGCUCGCGACUCCCAAUCCGACUCCGAUCACCCAAGGACUUCCGGAUCUUCCCGGAGUUCCGCCGCGCCCUCCGCAACUGGUUCCGGAACCGCCGCUUCCAGCCGGAGGUCAUGGCGGAGCUCGUCGCCCUCGUCAAGGACCCCAUCGACGGCCACCUCGGCCGCCCCGACGCCGGCCGCCGCUACGGUACCUGCGCCGUCGUCGGUAACAGCGGGAUUCUCCUCAAGAGCGAGCACGGCGAGCUGAUCGACGGUCACGACCUCGUCAUCCGCCUCAACAACGCCCGCACCAACGGCUACCAGCGGAAUGUUGGAUCGAAAACCGACCUUUCCUUCGUGAACAGCAACAUUCUCCACUUCUGCGCCCGGAGGGAGGGCUGCUUCUGCCACCCCUACGGCGAAGACGUCCCCAUGAUCAUGUACAUUUGCCAAGCCGUCCACUUUAUCGAUUACACCAUCUGUAAUUCCUCCCACAAGGCUCCCCUCCUCAUCACCGACGCCCGGUUCGAUGUUCUCUGUGCUAGGAUAGUGAAGUACUACUCUCUGAAGCGGUUCGUCGAGGAGACUGGCAAGCUGCCAGAGGAGUGGAGCAAGGCCCAUGAUGAGAAAAUGUUCCAUUACUCGUCGGGGAUGCAGGCCAUAAUGCUCGCUUUGGGAAUUUGCGAUCAAGUUAGUGUUUUUGGAUUCGGGAAGUCAGCGGAGGCAAAGCACCAUUACCACACCAACCAGAAGGCCGAGCUGGAUUUGCAUGAUUAUGAGGCAGAGUACGCCUUCUACCAUGACCUGAUCGAGAGGCCGCAGAGUUCAGAUGUGGCAUUUGUAUUUUUGAGUCUGGUUUUCCAACUAGGCAACAUGAAUAAAGGGGAAAAUUAUCUUCCACAUGACAUUGAGUGUUCUGGUUACUGCAAUGACCUAAAUUGGUGGUGAGCAUCCAUUGUAAUGGACCCAUUGCAAGCUGUCAUUGCAUAUGCAGGUUACUUCUUGAAUCAUGCUCCAUUAUUUGUGAUCUAAUCAUAUCAAUUAUUUCUGCAAAAAAAAUGAAGAUGCAUCACAAGAAAUUCUCUGAUACUAGGUGAGAUAUGUAAAUUGCAAAUUUUCUAUAUACUAGUCAUCUGUAUUCUGACUCUGCUUUUCAGCUGGCUCUUUCUGCAUCAUCCCCACCCUCCCUUAGUACCAGUAAGCCAUAGAGUGGGGCAGUAAGUACAGGAUAAUAACUGCAGCAGUCUCUUUUCCUGCAUGUACCAUUGACUCUUGGUGAGUAUCUUAUUGUUCUGGUCUCAAGUGACUGAUCUUGCAUAGGUAGAAUAACUUCUGAUGAUUUUGGUUUCGAUGUCUUAAUUUUCUCAGCAACAAUAUUAUCAUAUAACAAGGUUUUAGUAGUUACAUUGAUUUUAUAGAAGAUUUAGUACUUUUUUGUGAUUAGUUGCAUUCUAUAUAUGAGCAGAAGUAUUCCCUUUUUUCUUUUUUACUUAUUUGACAGGUCAUCAGAUGCUGGAGCAAGCAAUUAACUUGUACUCCAAACAUGUGUUUUGAUUUGGUAGCAAUUUUGCACAUCUAGUUAUAGUGUUUCAUUACAUCUGUACAUUUAAAAGCAUUCCUUGAUAUGUUAAGAUAUUUUUGUACAUAUUAUAUGUGCUUGCUUCACUCAAUGGAAUUUUGUUUGAGGAGAGAAAAGUCAAAAUUUUAAACUUCAAUGCUUCAUUAAUGAGUUCACUUUUUUAUUUAGUAGCCCUGAUCGAUAUGCAUUUUGUUGUAUCGUGGAACAUCACAUGAUUAUUCUCAUUUAUCUGCACCAUGUACUUAAGAGGGCAUGCCCUUUAGUUUUUUUUUCUUUAUUUUAUUUUAUUUUAUAUCAUUUUAUUAUUUAAUGUUCUAUUGAAAGCAUGUCUUCCUUGUAAUGGAUAGAAAAAUACGCAUAUUACUUUCAUUUAUCUCAUUUGAUCUCAUUUAUAAAUGGCAACUACAAGUAAUUUAUUUUGUAUCUGUCAUGGACUACUCUGGAUGAAGAGGGAAAAGUGGAUGGACACUGCAGUGCUUUCAUGUUUUACAUAGUGCAUUCUCUUGGUCUAAUGUUUUUAAUUAACUUUCACUAGCCUUUUCUUUUGCCAUUAUUGUUCUUUUCCUGCACAUUUUGAAUUUUCUUGCUGUUAAUAUAAUUCUUACAUGAAUAGUAGCUACCUUCAGUUGGAGGAACCUUUCUUAGUAAUUCCUUCCACUCCCAAAACAAACCAUCCUGCUUAGCCUUUUAUACCUUGAUGCUUUAUUCACUGUUAGCAUCUACAUGACCCAUGACCUCUUCUUCAUAUGCUUAUCUGGAGCUCAGAGAAUGAACCAGAUAAGAGUGAGAAACUGAGAAACAGGUUGUGAUCAAUGGCUGCAAAAUAGCACAGAAUUCUUUUACUGCUUGUCACAUUUUUACUCUUCAACAACAAUCUGAUAAUAAAGGAAUGAGAUUGCAAUUUGCAAGUCUGCUGUUGCCCAUAAACAUGCUUCAGAUUAUUCCUCAGAUUGAUGAAUAGUGCAGUGUUAUAAAAUGUUAUUGCUUGAGGAUAAUAAUCAAAAUCACAAAGUUUAAUCUAUGAUACUUGGUCCUAGCCUCACAAUAGUACAAGUAACAUGAAUCAUGAAAUUCUUGGGCAUCAUUUAGAACUUGUCUUUGUUAUUUAAUGAAGAUGACCAUAAAAUGGGCCUCAUCUUUUAGCCAUCAACUUUUCAUACUUUACCAUGUAAUUAGCAUUUUCAUCUUUCUUUCAUUGGAGUUUCUCAUCUUGUCAUUUUUUUAGUAUUUACUCUAGGUAAGGAAUGAUUCUUCAUUCUAUUAAUGAUGAAAUUUUAGGUUUUGCUAAAUGUAAAUUUAUUAAGAGGAUUGCAACUAUACAUAAAAAAUGACAGCAUUUGUAGUAUUUAAAUCUGCAUUCUGUUUAGUACCUUUGUCCUCCUAAAAUGGGCUCAGCUUAUAUGAGGCCACUUCUAUUGCAUGCAAAAGAUUGUGCGGGAAAAACUAUAACACAAGAUUUACUGAGCAAAGGAGGAGUGUUAACUCUGUUGGAUCUUCAGCUGAAAUACUGAAACCUGAAUUGUAUUUUACAGAGGUGAAGUUUUGUCUCUUAGAUUUCAAAUCCAGUACAGAUUCUCUACCAUGCCUAUUAAAAUUUUGGAAUUUUGAUCAGGUGUAACAGUAGGAUACUAAAUUUAUUUUAUUGAGUGAAAUUAAAUGCUAAUACCAACCUCAAUAGCUUUAGCUGCAAUCUCAUCUGUUGCUGAAUACCAGUUGUAGCCAACCAUUAAGAUUGAUUUGCUUCUCCAUAUUUUGCUUUUAUAUAAAUUGCAUCCUUCUUCCUCAUCUUGCAUGAAUGGGAAUCUUUUCAUCCAUGAGAUUCCGCAUGCAGAUUACUUUGGGUGCACAUUAAAUCCGGUGACUGUAAUGGUUUUCCUUCUGGAGGUUUCUUGAUCAUGAUGGCCAUCCUAAUCUGAUUUGCCAUUAGCCCUUUUAGUAUAUCCUAACAGUUUUGAAACUUGACACAAAUUGUCUGGAUGAUCUGAGGUUUGUAUUAUAUAUGGGAGCUUGUUUAAGUGGUUAGUCAUGCUGAGACAUGCCUGGGAAUGUUGGAAGAUAGAAUGACAAAUAUCUUUGCAAUCCUCCAUUAUUGUAGAAGAUAGUACAUAUCAUGCAAGGCUAACUUUGAUGCCAACAAUCAACAUAGGCCUUAAUGAUUAGUGCUAUAAGCUUUUAUGCAUUGGAAUCUAUGGUUAUGAACCUGUGGAUCUGAAUACGUUAGAAUGGAAUUCCAAGUGAAAUCUCUUACUAUAUGAAAGACUAGAAAGUACUUUCUUAGUUAUGGAAUAAGAAGUCUUCGUAUCUUAAUGCACGUAUAGUUAAUUUAUUAGGAACUAUUAAAGUGAAAUCCACUUUUUAGGAAAUAUAAGUUGAAUUGAUGAUAAGAAUAUUUUGUAGCAGAACAUUAUUCACAAUCCUCGCAAAGAUAGUUCUCUAUGAUAUCGAAGUAUAAGUAAUUCAACUCAUUUAUAGAUUAUGAAUGUUUGGUAUCCAUAUUAUGUUAAUUCAAAUUGAGUGGCAAUUUUAUAUCGGUUUAUAAAAUUAGGUAAUUUGCUAGGUUUUGUUAGUGUGUUCUCAAAGAUUCUGUAUCUUAUUCUUUUCAAAAAAAAUACUGACCAUUUAUUGUAGAAUGGAUGGUUAAGAUGGAUCUAAUUCUGACUGCCAAAUCCUUGUGUGAAUGGCAUGUGCAGUAACUAGGGAAAACUGUAAAGGUAUUUUUAAUUUGGAAGUAAAAAAUCAGUCAUCCUUUUUCUGAUUUAGUUUCUAUAGUAUGGUGGGUAUUGAUACACCGCGUAUCUAAGAAAUAAAAGAAGAAAUCGGAUCAAAGCUUUCUAAUUCUGUGAUCCUUGGAUCUUUUAGCCAUCCUUUCACCUUCCCUUUGCCCUCCUCAUCUUCACCAUUACCACUGCUACUGCUCUUAUCAAAGAAUUUUUUUUUCAAGCAUCAAAAAAUGGCAAGGGCAACUGAUUGCCAGCCGGUUGUUAAUUACAUUUUUAUCCUUGAUCACAAAUGGCUGAGAUAUCUCUUUUCAUUCAAAUAAAAUAUAUCAAAAUUGUAGCAAAAUCCUAAUUUGCUUGAUAUGUGCAAAUCUCAGAUAGGGGAAUUCAUAUUUUGGAUCUUAUCAGGAUGGGACAUAGACCUCGAAUCAACAUCAACAGAUUUGUUACCAUAAGUGAAUGGAUGCUUUGCAAAACUAUCUAUUUCGAUUUUGGUGCCCAAUUGAUAGACACUGCAGUCUUUAGCAUGGAGGAGACUCAAUUCUCCAUUGGCCAUUUCUUUACUCUUUUGGCUAUUCCAUAAGGGCACAUGAAAGAAACCACAUGGUGCUCUGAUCUACGUACAUGAAUGUUUAUAACUUGAAUGUUACCACGGUGGUCAUACACCGCUCACAAACAGGGUUUGGAGUUCAAGUCCUCAAGUGGUGUUAUAUUUAAGAUGCCAUCUCAAGUAACAUUAAGAAAGGGUGGGACUCAGUGCUGUUCUCUCUCUAUAUACGCAGAUUGGUUGUUUUGAUACUCAA